CAGAGCUGUUAAUCAAAACAAAACAAGAGCGAUUUAAAUGAUUUUUUAACAUGUCGAGGAUGCUCGCUUCAACAGAAGCCGUCAAAGCAGAUCCAACAAAUUGGCAUCAAUGGUGUCGACUUUGUGCCCAGGAUCAUCCAGGAAACCGGAGCGUGUUCUCACGGGAGGAGCAACCAAACUCGUGGACCAGCAUGCUGGCGAUGACCGUUGGCAAAUACUUCUGGGUGGAUAUCAAAAAGGAAGAUGAGCUGAGUAAUUAUCUGUGUUCGGAGUGCUUUACUUUAAUGGAUUGCCUCAUUGAGUUUUCGGAAAGAGUUCGCAAAGUGCAGACCCUAUUCAACAGAUUGCAGACCUUAAACCCGGAAAUGGAUAUGAUCUUAAACUAUGAGGAAUUGCGAGCGGACUGCGGCUUGGCCAGCGAUGAAUGGAAGCACAUGAUGUGCCCAGCAGUGGUUCAACCUCAGCCAAAAGAAGAGGAAUUCAUUGAUGAGGUCCAACUAAGAACCGCUGAUAUAGAAGAGCAAGAUUUAAUCAUACCCACUUUAGUGGAGGAACAGCAACCACAGCAAAAAGAAGAAUUUGUCGAAGAGCUACAUAUCCCUGGAGAAGAUCUGCAAGUCGAUGGAAUGGAAACGGAAAUCCUAGAGGACGAGGGUGAACACCUGGCGGAGGAAGAGGUGGAAACUGUGGAGGAGGAGGUGGUGGAACACCAGGACACCUCCGAAUGCCUAGUUGAAGUGGAAGACAUCCCCGAGGAAGACUACAUCGAAGAGUCCCAAAUAAUAGAAGACAGCCACGUUCAAGAUUUCCGCAUUGAAACGUUUGAAAUAAUAUCCCAAGGCCCUCAAAAAGAACCUUCAAAAACUAAAGCUGCCGAGGAAAAUUCAGAGUCCGAAGACGAUGCUCUUUCAUCUGAGCAUCUCAUAGAAGAAGACGAAGAUGAAAUUCCAGAUGAGCCAGCCAUUUACAAGUGCAGCAUUUGCAAUAAGCCGUACAAGAAGCCCAAGGCCUAUCAGCGACACAUGGAGGAAGUUCACAACACUGUGGCCAAAGAUCUGCCAAAAUUGUUAUGCAACCAGUGCGGUCUAUGCUUUCCCACAGCCGCCCAGCUAACCUCCCACUACCGAACGCAUUUACCCGCCAAAGUGAAGAGCGAUAACUCCUGUCCGCACUGCGAGAAACGUUUCACCACCCCGGGAACACUCAAGCGACACAUAGAAGGGGUCCACCAGCAGAUCAAGCCCUAUGUCUGCGACCUCUGCGGCAAGAGCUUCAAUUACAUCACCGGACUGAAGGAUCACAAGCUGGUGCACACCGAAGAAUGCCCCUUCGAGUGUCCCGUGUGCAAGCGACGCUUCAAAAACAAGGCUAGAUUAAAGAUCCAUUCCGAUACACACAGUGCCCAAAUCUACGAGUGUGCCAUAUGCGGCUUGAAGCUCAAAACCCGACGCACCCUUAACAAGCACAAAUUGGUCCACUCAGACGAACGCCAGUACAAAUGUGAUGUCUGCGGAUCGGCGUUCAAACGGAGCAAGACACUAAAGGCGCAUCUCAUCCUGCACACUGGCAUCCGGCCGUACAAGUGCAACUUUUGCGGCAGGGACUUCUCCAACGGCUCCAAUUGUCGAUCGCACAAGCGGCAGGCGCAUGCCAAGGAGUUGGCCGAGGAGGAAGCACGCGGUGUGUCGCGUUCCACGCUACUUCCUUUGUUGGACGAACUUACCAAGGCGUCAAAGCUCAUAAAAACACCGGCAAAGCCCAGCAAAACGAAGGGAAGCAGGCCAAAAGUUGAGCCUAGUCCUGAUUCUCCCACAAAGGACACUGAUGGUGCCAUCCUCUACGAACUUGUCGAGGAGAUUGAGUACUCCUAAGUAUUGAAAUAAACACUAUUUUUAAAACUAGUUUAAAACUUGCGAUUACAAGGGUCUCUUGGUUUAUUCACAAUUGAAGUUUAGGUUCUUAGGAGCUAGGUUAUAAUUCGAGGGCUGAGUUUACAAAUCUUAAAUGCUUCAUAGGCAGCAGAAAUAGAAAAACACAUUGAACUUAGACAAAACUAAUCGAAUACAUAAAUCACAAGGCAAUCAACAAAUUUCGAAAACCAUAUUCAUAAUAAAUAACAAAGAAUUUAACAACGAGCAACUGGAACUGCCAAAUGCCACCGUACCAAAUAUUAAAUAUUUUUCGCAAUUGGCUUUGGAAUGUUCAGAUCAGUAUUCAAGAAACAUAGAACUGUCUUUGGAUGCUCAACUUUCAAGUGAUUGGCUUUAUAUGAGGCAAAAUUUAAAAAAGCUAGAAAAAAACCGAGGACAACUUAAUAAAGAUCACAUUUGGGGAUGGACAAAAUACAAUUACGAUUAUUAGCUAUAUGUUUGGUAGGAGGGGUCACUUUAAAUGGUUGCGCAAAAAAUAACAAAAUAAAGACAGCAAAAAGUAAUCCAAGGACAAUAUUGCGUAGUUUAACUAUUAAUUAUUUGAGCAUUAUUUAAAACAUUUAGAGAAAAAUGGAAACUAAUUUAAAUAG